AGUCAUUAGUUCUCCUGUUUUCUAUCGGAAUAGAUUAAUGUAACACAGACGCUUUCUUGAUGCGGAAGUGCUGUACAGUGUUAAACAAGCAAACAAAUUAAAGUAAAAUCCGAUUUCCUUGAUUAUAAGUCACAUCAUGGCAGUGAGUGCGGUGCAUUUAGAGUCAGACGCCUUUCUUGUGUUUAUGAAUCAUGCUCUCAGUACGGAGAAAGAGGAAGUGAUGGGUCUGUGCAUUGGCGAGGUGGACACAAACCGCAUCGUGCACAUUCAUUCAGUCAUUAUUCUGCGCCGAUCAGACAAGAGGAAAGACCGAGUAGAGAUUUCCCCAGAGCAGCUGUCAGCUGCAUCCACUGAAGCCGAGAGGUUCGCAGAGAUGACGGGACGUCCCAUUAGAGUUGUGGGCUGGUACCACUCUCAUCCUCACAUCACUGUGUGGCCAUCACAUGUCGAUAUCAGGACUCAGGCGAUGUAUCAGAUGAUGGAUCAAGGUUUUGUUGGACUCAUCUUCUCAUGUUUUAUAGAAGAUAAAAACACAAAGACUGGUAGAGUUUUGUACACCUGUUUUCAGUCAGUACAAGCCCAAAAAGGCUCUGAGUAUGAGCGGAUUGAAAUCCCAAUCCAUGUGGUCCCACAUGAAGCCAUUGGGAAAGUCUGUCUGGAGUCUGCUGUGGAACUGCCGAGAAUCCUCUGUCAGGAAGAACAGGAUACAUACAGAAGAAUUCACAGUCUAACUCAUCUGGAUCCUAUCACAAAGAUACAUAAUGGAUCAGUGUUCACUAAAAACCUGUGCAGUCAGAUGUCGGCUAUAAGCGGCCCGCUGCUACAGUGGCUGGAAGAUCGACUGGAACAAAAUAAUCAAAGUAUCAUCGAACUCCAGAAAGAGAAAGAACGACUGACACAAGAACUGGCUUCAUUAUGAGGAGAAUAAAAGAAUGAAUUCUUUAAAAGCUGACUUUCUUAUUUCAGUUUCUAGUUUUUGCACUGAAAGCACUGGCCUUUCUGCCUACUGCACUCCUCUCAUCAGAAAUCACUGGCAGAGCACAGAUAGGAUGUCUGUAAUUCCCCAUUUUUGUGACCUCAGCACAUUUCUGAUCACUGUCUGAGUGCUUCCACACAGAAAUUUGAAUUAUGAACGCUUUUGCCUCUAUAGCCCACGAACUGUUCGGUUUGACACUUUUCUAGCUCAGUUUCCUUUCAGUUAUGUUAUUUUGUGCCACAGGCGCACACAUACAGUAUUUACACUAUGUGGCCAAAUGGAUGUGAUACCUCCCCUUCUAAUGAAUAGGUCUGGCUUUUCUGGUACAUUUUUGCCAGGACAAAAUCUCAAUACAACUCCAUACAAAGCUGAAAGCACACAGUUUUCUAGAAUAUCACUGUAUGGUGUUAAAUUACUGGAAUAGCCAAACCCGUUAAUUAAAAGGAAGUUUUUUCAUACAUAAAGUUUAUAUAUAUAUAUUGCAUUUUUUUGUUGAAGCCUAGAUCUGCAUGAUACUACACUCACUGGAAACUCUUAAAAAUGUCAGUUUUUGGAAUUAUCUGUUGGCUUUUGUGCUUUUAUGUUUCUGUGAUGGCCAAGUAGCUCCUCAGUCUAACAGUCUGGCAUUGAGACUAAAAGUAGAAAAGGUGUGAUAAAAAUGACUGUAAUGAACUUUAAAAAACAAAAUACUAAAAUGAACACUUUAAACAGCUGGAUCUGGUUCAAGGACCAUAAGGUUUUACUGUAGAUUGAUAAUUUUUUUGACAACGUAACCCUAACUGAUGCUUUCAUAAAUGUGUGAGUAAUGUAAAACCUAUUGUUGUUUGAAAAGGCUCCAGUUUGACACUGUGUUCAUGUCUAAAUUUGAGUUUGUUACAUUGUUAGUAUCUUGUUCUAGAAUAAUUUCAUUUAGACUCAAUUUUGGCCAGAACAGAUGAAAGAAAGACAGAAAACAGUGAAUUUAACAUACCCUUCUGACUGAGUUGUCAAACCCCAUGUUGUGGUGAUGAUGUGCCACUUGAAUGCCUGGUAAAGGGAAACAUAUACAGUGGGAGAAUGACUGUACUUUGCAUUCUUUUCUAAAUUAAUACAACAUUUUCAUUGCAAAUUAUAUUAUCAGCAUACAUUUUUUUAAUCAAUUUCAGAUUUUUUUGUCUCCAUUUUACUUUAUUGACAGCAUGCAAAAUAUGUUAUCAAGUGUGAUUUGAGAAUGUUCCAAAAAACAUCUUGUGUGUUUUAAUGGGAGACAUUUUUACAAAAUAGUUAACAUGGUCAGUGUCACAAAUGUGCUUAUUUGAUAAGUGAUAUAAAAAUGGUGCACUAAAACAUUUCUUAUUCUUUAUUUCCUAUAAUUUUUGAUUGUUUUAAAUAUUUUUGUGUGUGGUUUAUUUCCAGGUACAAAAAAAUAAAAGAAAUAAAUGUGUGUUCAGACUUUUGGACUGCAUUUCCA